CCACGAAUGAUGACAGAGAUGGCGACAAGCGAGCAGCUGCAGCAGAACAACACAAGUGAUGGUGGAGACGGUGGCGGCAUCACGGCCAAUCAUCAUCAUCAUCAUCACCACAGCUUGUUUGAGUUGGAGUCGCACCUGCUGCUGUUCAGUACGCUGAGGAUCAAGGCAACUGGUGUGGACAAGGUCUGCGCACAAAUUUCAAGCAGCAAACACAGAUACCACGCAUGGCGCUCCAUAUCCUCGUGGAGUGUGACCCGGCAGGCCAUCACAUUCGGGCCUGUGUGGCUUGCGUCGUCGCUUCUGGAUGGCAAAGGGUUCGAGACAGCAAAAGAAACAACACUGAAGCUGCCAUCGUCCGUGCAAGCGUACACGAAGGAGCAGCGGUACUUGAGUCAGCAAGCGCUUGACGCUGGCUAUGAUGCACUGACCGCGACCUUGCAUGAUUACCACACAAGUGACAACGCGGGGGACGGCGACAGCACGACACAAGCUUCCGCCAACGCGGAGCAGUUGAUGCAGCGGGUGCAAGCGCCACCACCGCCCUUGUUCCUGUAUUGGCCGCACCUCCUUGCUGGUGUGUGUUGCGCUGGCGCGUUUCUGCGCGUGUGGAAAGGCUUGGACAUGCAACGCACCAUCUCCAACUUUGUGCAUGGCGUCUACGAGACGACAGAUCGCUACCUCCGCCAGCGCGUGUGGAAGCCGCUGGUGCAAAUGUACAACACCAUUCGAUAUGACAGGCACGACCUGGCCCUGCAGCGUCGCAGUUCGCUGGAUUCCGAUCUCACCUCCCUCAAGCGGAUGGUGCAGACAUUUGCACAAGACGCCCUCGGCUACACGGACCCGGACUUGAUUGAGCUGGCAGACGCGGUGGACAACGGGGAUAUCACGCCCGUGCUGCUGAGUUACGAGAACGACAUGCGCCGGCCCAUUCACUCUGCGUUGUUCGGCAACAUGAUCCGCGCCACACUCAUCCAAGUGCAGAAGAGCAAAGUCGACCUGCAGCUGGCGGUCAGCGCCGUGGACAAGCUGCUCAAGUCCAACGAACUCAACUUCCAGAUGAUGGCCAUCAUCCCUGCCCUUGCGCUCGCGUGGAUGCUGAUGCGCCAGACCGUGGCCAUGGUGAAGCGGCUUGUCUUCAACGUGUCCGUCACCAAAAGCGGACACGCGCGCCACCUUGUUGGCGAUUUGCGCCGUCUCAUCGCCUCCACUGCCGCGCAGUCAACUCCAACUGCAGAGGGACAGAUUGCGUUUCUCUGCAUUGCCAUUGCUUCCCAGGUGACGGCGCUUACGCUGAUGGGGUGGGAGCGCAAAGAAAUGAUCUUGAAGGACUUGGAGACAAUCAUCUUUGCUGGCAUCGACCACGUGCAGACGCAACAGGCGAAGGAUGAUGCAACGCGACAGCUGCUGCUGCUGCAAACACGGCUGGCUCUGGUGGACGGCAUGCUGGUUCACCUCAAGUAAACGCGAAGGACAA